UAUACGUAAAAUUAAUCAACAACUUGAAAUAUUAUAUAUCUGUAAAUUAUACAUUAUAAAAACAAAAAGUAUACAGAACCACAAAAAUGCCAACGAUUCCGAAGCGUGCUACCGUGGGCAGCAAAGGCACCGGCAUGGAGUUCCUCAGCACGGGAAUCACACGCACGGAAGUCACCGAGAUGCAACUGAAAUGGCAGGACAAACCCUGUCCUGCCCCACCCUGCAAACAGGCCUUCUGGUGGGCCAGUCAGCCAAAGCCCGUCAAAAUCAAAGGUUGUCCCAAGCCCGUCGUUCCACCGCCAGAGCCUUACAUGAACAUGAUGUACGACCGUCGCGUCAUAAAGGGAAGCAACUUUGGAACCCCGACAAUGAUUGCGGACGUGGAUCCGUUCGACAAAGCUGCGGAAUUACGGCGCCGUAAUAUGCUACGCAAACGAUCGAUGCAGUGCCGCAAUCAACGCAAUGUCCUGGGAACACCGCCACCGGUGAGGGGCAGAAAACACGAAAACAUGCAGACAGAGAAGUACUUGGAGAAGCUGGUACAGCGUCCGCCAGAAUUCUCAGUGGACACACAGACGGACCUCUUUCUGGAGAAGCCACCAACACCGCCAUAUGUGCCCGCCAAGGUGGGCAUCGAUGUGGGCACCGAGAUUGCCGAUGGCGAGCUGUUCCACUUUGAUGCCGAAGCUCAGCCCAUCAUUGAUGUGCUUGUGGAUGCCUGCAUUGAGCAAAGCAUGCUCGAAGUGGCCCAUGAGAUGGAGCUCCAGGCACUGCGCCGCAAGCAGGAGGAAUUCCUGGCUCAACGCGAGGCGGAACUGGCCGAACUGCGCCGCCUGGAGGCCGAAGAGCUGCGCCUGCAGGCUGAGAAGGAGCGUCGCUUGCGCCAGGAUGCCAUUGCCAAGGAGCUGGAUGCGGAGAUGCAAAAGAGCGUUACGGCGGCUAAGCUGCUGCAAGGACACAUUGCCAGCCUGGUGCCAGAGGUGCUGGAAAGCAUUGAGCCGGCCAGUGAUGCAGUGAAGAAGGAGCAGCUCAUCAAGAAUGUCUGCCCCUGGCUGUCUGCUGAGGUGGCCCAGGAAGUGGGCCACAUAGUCGACUCACGCGAGAUUCUCACAGCCAUAAUACAGGAGAUUAUCAAACAGCGCGCCACCGCCUACAUGGGCUACAAGGAGGGCGAAUCCGAGCCAUCGGCGUCGGAUGCGGGCAUUUGUGAAGAGGAAGGUUGCAUGACCGACGGCAUGGAGACGUGCGCCUGUGAACCGGAAACGGAAAUGUCCGACUGCCCAGAGGCGCAGCCAUCGUCGCCGCAUCUAUAAUGAAGGACGGAAAUAUGAAUAAAAUGCGAUAUGAUUUGGUUUAGUUAAGUUUUGAGUUUGAGGCCCAUCCGGUGGUCGUAAAGUGCAUACUAAGAAAUCCAAAGAGCCGCUUUGUCUUGUGUUUGGCAACACGCGGACGCGUCUUGGCCGCAUGUUGCCACACACAAUAACAUAGACGCCAAAUCGUUGCAUCAAAAGUAAGCCAAUAUUGUUAAAGAUUUAUGUUUUACGCAAAUUAUCAACAAAUAAAGCGAUACAAAAAAAUGG